UUUUUAUAUUACGAUUCUUGAUUGCGCAUAUUCGUUUCUACCAGCUGAUUAACAUACGGCGCGUGUGAUAACAAUUUUAGAUUAAAAAAAAUGCUGCAAUUUCUCGGAAAACUUCCAAAACAUGUAUUUGGAUCUAAUAUUGUGAUAACCGUGUAUGGAAAGUCGGGUAUAGGUUCACCCUCUUAUGCUGUUUUGUGCAAUAGAUUUUAUUCUGCAGAAGCAAAGCCGGCAUCAACAUCUGAAGAGUUCAGAAAGAAACAAGUUCGUUUCAAUAUUAAAGCAGAGCAUGUGGAUGGUAGACCAUUAUAUCUUGACGCACAAGCGACGACACCUCUGGAUCCCAGAGUGUUAGACAAAAUGAUGCCCUAUAUGACGAAUUACUAUGGAAAUCCACAUUCUCGUACUCAUGCAUAUGGUUGGGAAUCUGAGAAAGCCGUAGAAAUUGCACGUGAACAGGUGGCUCGAUUAAUUGGUGCCGAACCAAAAGAAAUCAUUUUCACUUCGGGCGCUACAGAAUGUAACAACAUUGCCGUCAAAGGUGUCGCUAGAUUCUACGCCAGCAAGAAAAAACAUGUUAUUACCACGCAAACCGAGCAUAAAUGCGUAUUGGACUCAUGCCGCGCCUUGGAGAAUGAAGGUUUUAAAGUAACUUAUCUUCCCGUUAAAUCAAAUGGUAUCAUAGAUAUGAAGCUGUUGGAAGAUUCCAUUACUCCAGAAACAUCGUUGGUGUCCAUUAUGUCUGUAAACAAUGAAAUUGGUGUUAAGCAACCGGUCGCUGAUAUAGGGACACUCUGUCGUUCACGAAAGGUAUUUUUCCAUACAGACGCCGCACAGGCUGUGGGAAAAAUUCCCAUUGAUGUAAAUUCAAUGAAUAUCGAUUUGAUGUCUAUAUCGGGACACAAGGUCUAUGGCCCUAAAGGUGUUGGUGCUCUUUAUGUGCGUCGUCGUCCACGUGUUCGUCUUGAACCAAUUCAGAGUGGUGGUGGACAAGAACGUGGCCUACGUAGUGGCACUGUUCCGGCACCGUUGGUUGUUGGUUUCGGUGUUGCCUGUGAUUUAGCAUUAAAAGAAAUGGACUAUGACAAAAAAUGGAUUGAUUUCUUAUCAAAACGUUUGUAUGAUCGUAUAACUCAAGCUCUAUCGCAUGUUAUUCGUAACGGUGAUCCUGAACAAACGUAUAGUGGGUGCUUGAAUUUGUCGUUUGCCUACGUUGAAGGUGAGUCAUUGUUGAUGGCCUUAAAAGACGUUGCUUUGUCCAGUGGCUCAGCAUGCACUUCAGCAUCUUUGGAACCGUCAUACGUUCUUCGCGCAAUUGGUACUGAUGAGGAUUUGGCACACAGUUCCAUAAGGUUUGGUAUUGGCCGAUUUACAACAAUUGAAGAAGUAGAUUACACUGCUGACAAAUGUAUCAAACAUGUUGAACGAUUGCGCGAAAUGUCUCCUUUGUGGGAGAUGGUUCAAGAAGGCAUCGACCUGAAAAAUAUUCAGUGGUCACAGCACUAACUUUAUUUAGAUAACUUUUGCGAAAGAAGGAUUGUAUUGUAUUUUAUCUGUAAAUAUAUGUAAGUAAAGGCAUAGUUUUGUAAAA